AUGGGCCGUAAGUGUUUUGAGUCUAUUGGCAAAGCACUUCCCAAUAGAACGAAUAUAGUUGUAUCAAGCAAUCCAGAAUAUGAAGCCGAAGGUUGUAUUGUAAAAGAUACUCUUCAACUAGCUAUGGAUUAUGCAGUAUCUCGUAAUGAAACUGAAGUAUUUGUAAUUGGAGGCGGUACCAUUUAUCGUCAAAUGUUAUCUACAAGAGCAGUUAAACAGAUUUAUCUGACAGUUGUAGAUAGUGAAUUUCCAGAAGCUGAUGUAUUUUUUCCAGAAUUAAAUCCUAAUGAAUGGGUUAAAGAAGAAGAUACUACCUCUACUGGUGAAGUUGGUAGUAUUACCAUGACAAAAGAAGGAAAGAUUACUGUUAAGUUGACUGGUAAGGAAAACAAACAGAAGAUCAAGAGUAUCAUGCAUAAGACAGAAUGCGUUUUCGGACCAAACAAGCUUGCUCUUGAAAUCGGUGCAGAAACUCGUAUUCUUAUCAAGAACUAUUUGGCUGCAGUUAAGAAAAUUGCAAAAGAACUAUAA